AUGGCUAGUAAAGACGACCAUAAUGAUGAUGAAAUUCGUGAACAAGAUCGGUUCUUACCAACUGCAAAUAUCUCACGUAUAAUGAAAGUCUCUUUACCAUCUACAGCUAAAAUUGCUAAAGACGGUAAAGAGACAGUUCAAGAAUGUGUGAGUGAGUUUAUCUCAUUUAUCACGAGUGAAGCAAGUGACAAAUGUCAACAGGAAAAACGCAAGACAAUUAAUGGUGAUGACAUUAUAUGGGCCAUGAGUACAUUGGGAUUUGAUUCGUAUGUUGAACCUUUGAAACUUUAUCUACAAAAAUAUCGUGAAUCGGUAAAAGUCGAGAAGAAUGAUAAGAAGGAUAAUGUUGGAUCCUUUGGUGCGUCUUCGUAG